CUAUAUACUCACACUUAAGCCUUUCUUCCUUCAAACUUCCCUUCAUUCGUUACAAUGGCCGCCUCUUUUGCAACUCUUCUUCAUGUGCUUUUCUUAGUAUGGUUCCUUCCCGCUACCUUCAGCUUAAGCUUCUUCUUCUUCAAAGCAGAGUCAAUCUCUAAUGUCUCUUGCAAUGAAAAAGACAAGCAAGCCCUUCUAACCCUCAAACGUGGUCUCACUGAUCAUGGACACGUCCUCUCAUCCUGGUCUGACCAUAAAGAUUGCUGUAUUUGGGACGGAGUUUUCUGCGAUAAGAAAAUUGGCCGAGUCACUGAGCUCAACCUCAAUUAUUCGAGGUUAGGCGGUGAGAUUAGUGGUUCGUUGCUCCAAUUAGAACAUUUGAAUUACUUGGAUUUGAGUAACAAUGACUUUAAUUGUACUCCCAUCCCAACUUUCUUGGGUUCAAUGUUCAGUCUCACACAUCUUAACCUCUCAGGCGCUAACUUCAGUGGACUCAUUCCUCAUCAGCUUGGGAACCUUUCAAGCCUUCGCUAUCUGUCUCUUGGAUCUAAUUCUGACCUCUAUGUAGAUAACCUUCGUUGGAUGUCUGGUCUCUCUGCCAUUCAAUUCCUUGACCUGACCUCAGCUGACCUUCACAGAGAAGUUGAUUGGCUUCAAAUAAUGAGUAAGUUCCCAUCUCUUUCGGAGCUAUACUUGCACAAUUGUCAUCUUGAUAGCCUGAAUCCAUCUCUUGGAUUUGUCAAUUUCACUUCUCUUCGAGUCCUUUUUCUUUCUGGAAAUCAUUUCAAUCAUGAGAUACCUAAUUGGUUCUCUAAUCUCAGUACAAGCCUCUUAAGGCUUAGCCUGGACGGCAGUUCUUUGAAAGGCAAUAUACUGCCUAGCAUUUUCAAUUUAGAGAAAUUAGAAUAUCUAUCCUUGUAUAUCAAUAUGCUAACUGGACAAAUUCCCGAGACGUUAGGCCAACUUAAGCAUCUAACGUAUCUUGAUCUGGGAUAUAAUUCUUUAAAUGGUCCUAUACCUUCUUCCUUUGGAAAUUUAUCUCGUAUAACAACAUUAUACCUCGACCAAAAUCAGUUGAAUGGCACCAUUCCAAAGAGUCUUGGGCUUCUCUCUAAGUUAGAGAUGUUGUAUGUCGGAAAAAAUUCUUUAACAGGUACCGUAGAUGAAAGGCAUUUCCAAAAACUCUCAAAAUUAAAGAAUCUCUAUAUGUCUGAAACACAUUUGUUCUUUAAUGUCAAUUCCAAUUGGGUCCCCCCCUUCCAACUUUACUAUGCCUCCAUGAGCUCAAUCAAUAUAGGUCCCAAUUUUCCUUCAUGGCUACAAUCACAAAAAUCCCUCAGUAUUUUAGAUAUGUCCAUGUCGGGAAUUUCAGGCAAAGCUCCAGGUUGGUUCUGGAAUUGGGCUUCAAACAUUACAUAUAUCAAUCUUUCUAACAACCACUUAGAAUGUGAUGUAUCAGACAUUUUUCUGAGUUCUACUGUCAAAUUGCUCAAUAUAGCAAACAACUCAUUUUAUGGAUCCAUUUCUACUUUCUUAUGCCAAAAGAAAAUUAGAAAGAAUAAAUUAGUGGUUUUAGAUGUAUCAAACAAUCUCUUAUCAGGAGAACUUUCUCACUGCUGGAAGUAUUGGCAGUCUUUGAUCCAUUUAAACUUAGGGAGCAAUAAUCUAGUAGGUAGAAUUCCCUACUCCAUGGGGGCUUUAGUUAACCUCCAAUCAUUGCGUUUACAAAACAAUAGCAUCUAUGGAGAUAUUCCUUCAUCGUUGAAAAUGUGUUCAAAUUUGAGGCUUAUUGAUAUGGGUGAUAAUCAUUUGUCCAUCAUACCACUAUGGAUUGGAGAAAUGACAAAUCUUUUAGUUCUCCGUCUAAGAUCAAGUGAAUUCAAGGGUUAUAUACCUCAACAAAUAUGCCAACUUUCUUCUCUUAGAGUAGUGGAUCUUGCCAAUAAUAGCCUAUCAGGAUCCAUACCAAACUGCUUGAAAAAUAUUAGCGCCAUGGCAUUACCAGAUUCCUAUGAUAUUUCAUUUUUUUCUAUGUCUUUUCUGUAUUCGAACAUAUAUGAAUACUAUCUUGAGAAUGUUCAGCUGGUUCCCAAAGGGAAAGAAAUGGAAUACAAAGAGAACCUUAAAUUAGUUAGGCUCAUAGACCUUUCAAGUAACAACUUGUCCGGAUCAAUCCCUAUUGAAAUUUCAGAUCUUUCCGAAUUGUGUUUUUUGAAUUUGUCUCGAAAUCAUUUGAUGGGAAAGAUACCAGAAAAAAUUGGGAGUAUGAAAGAGUUAGAGUCAGUUGAUCUCUCACGAAACCAUUUAUCGGGUGAAAUUCCUCCAAGCAUGUCUAAUUUGACAUUUCUUAGUCUCUUGGACUUGUCAUACAACAACCUCUCAGGUAGAAUUCCUUCAAGCACCCAGCUUCAAUCUUUUGAUGCCUUUAGGUACAUUGGAAAUCCUCAGUUAUGUGGUGAUCCUCUUCCAAAAAACUGCACAAUUGAGGAACAAUCUUUGAAUAUAUCACCAAUUGGCAGUGUUAAAGAUGAUUCUAAAAACUCCAACUUCUACAUUGGUGUGGGAGUUGGAUUCACAACUGGCUUUUGGGCGAUUUGUGGAGCUCUCUUCUUUAAUAGGACUUGGAGGCAUGCUUAUUUUAGAUUUGCCAAUGAAAUAAAAGAUUGGAUUUAUGUGGCUGCAAUGAUAAAGAUGAAUUCAUUGGAAAAGCUAAGAGCCUACCUUGGUAAGUGAGGCAUCGUUAUCUAGCCAAAAGGUAUUGCUUCAAGUUAUAUGUCCUUAAUAUCGUUUCUUUCAUGUUGAUGUUGACUCAUCUCCUUUGAAUAUACAAUUUAAUUCAUAGCUAAAUGUGAUAGUCAUUGGGAUUUUAUUUCACUAAUAUGACAUAACUUUAGCCUUGGUUUAUAUUUCGUUUAAUGAUAUUUUUCUUUUAAUAGGUAGAUAGUAGGGGAGGUGGAGGUGUGGCUUGAGCCGUAGACAUAGGGUACCACAAUAGAUACCAUUACAAUUAGACUACCACUAAACUUUGUUUAGAGACAUUUGAAGUGGAUAAAGAGGGAACUCAUUGAAUACCCUAAAUUAAAACAAAAUGGUGCUAUGACAGAAGAAAUUGCUCAUAUACAUAAUACAUCAAAUAUGUAGUGUAGAAUUUUAUUUAUUUAUUUAUAAUUAUUAUUAUAAAUAGGAUGCAUAGCAUGAGUUAUAACCUUAUAUGUUGUAAGCUUCAAUUCAAUGGGAGGAUAUACUAGUAGACUAUCAAAGAGGUGGACUUAACAUGAAUUCUUAGAAUUUCAACAUGAUGUAUUUUGAAUUGAGGUUAAGCUUGAUGCCUAGGUAGUCAUACUUCUCAUACUCACAUCACUAUUAUUGAAAAUUGCAAUUCAUUUAAAGAAGAAUUAUUUCUCCAUCAGCAUAAAUUCAGAGUUCUGGUCACUAAACAAAAAAAUAGUGCUUCCUGGACUCAUUGAUUUAUUUCACAAUGACUUUUCUAUUCCACAAACUCCAAGAGGCCCUCUUUCGCUUUUGUUUUACAAUUUUAUUGAAAAUACUAUUCCCUAUUUCAAAAGUGGGUUUCUCAUUUUGGAACCAAACUCUACUCAAUUGUGCCAAAUCUAUGACUGUUAUUGAAUUGAGUUGGGUUUUUUAAAACUUCCUUUCAUUUAUGCUAUAUAUUCUUCUUCUUCUUCUUCUUUUUUUUUUUGGUUGUGCUUUUGUAUGACCCUUUUGCUCUUUUGCAAAUGAUAUUCACAGGCUGCAAAAACUCUUGCAAUCCAAGACAUUUACAAUUUGAAGCAGACAUAAAUAAAUUGUUUAUAUAUAACAGGUCGCUGUGACUAUGACUUUGUCGUCUGAAUUAUCUCAUUUGUUACAUUUGCAUAUGAACUAUAUGUGGCUAUUGCCUAUUGGUACUAGCUAGUUUUACUAAGAAUGUUGUUUGUAUAAAUGUGCAAAGAUAGGGACCAUAUCAGUAGCAUAGACCAUUUGAUUGGUUUUUAUUAACCUCUUGAAUGAAUUUUUUACCCAAUUAUGUUGAUAUACAUGCUUAUGUUUGAAGUAGUAACUAUAUUGAGUUUGAUGUUAUGGUCAAAUUAAUUAAAGCAAAUUUCCCAUAUGUUGUGUCAGAUCUAUUUGUAAUAAGUGAAGGCAUUAGUUAAGGGUUUUUAUUUUUUAUUUUAAAUUUUCUUAAAAAGAAGUGGUAAAUUGUCAUUGAGAUUGUGUUUGGAUGGCCUUAUUUUGACUGACUUACUUUGUUUAAAAAUACAACUAUGGUUAAAAGAAGUGAGGCUUUAAAAAGCUUUACAUAAGUUAGUGGUGAAAUUAAAUUGACAUUUUAAUCUAAAACAAAUAGAACCUUAGCAUAUAAAGUUCUGGUUAGGCAUCUACUAUUUUCUAGUUCCUGUCUUUGUAGUAUUUAAUGAUAGAAGUGAAUGUAGUGUUAUAUUAAUUAAGAAUUUUAGGUUGAAUCACCACUAUUAAAUAUAUAUUUUGUGCCUAUUUUGGUUUCGAGAAACUUCUGGAAUCUUAGUUACUGAAAAAGUUGUAUUACUUGCAUGGUGAUAAAAGUCAAAUAUUAGUAGAUAUGACAUAACUUGAUCUUAAUGUUUGCCUCACUCCUAUCCAAGUUUCAACUUGUUUGAUGUUGCGCAUCUAUUUAAAGUAUCGUACCAAAGUAAAAUUUAUUUUAACUUGUUGAUUUAGCCAAAAUUGAACUUUAAAAUCAUGGUAUUGCAUUUUGAAUAGAUGUUAUUUUGUUUGUUCUCUCUACUUUACCACUUGACUUCAUGUGAAUUUAUGCUACCUUUGUCAUUCAGUGUACUACUUCAUUGGUUGUCCUUUAAUCUCAAUUUUUUCCCUACUAACCGUUUGGGAAGGGAUGCUAAAGAGGCAAAAGCAGAGGAGUUCAAUGAAAUGGCUUGUAAAGCCUCUCUUGCUGAUCAACAGAUACAGGUCCAAGAAAACAAUCAUGCUCAGAUUAAAAGUUUCUCCAUGUGUAUAGAUGAAAUUCUUCUAAUUUAUACUGAAAGGAUGGGUGAGGCACAAGAAUUGCCUCCACAACCAAUAGCUGCUCCUUGUUAGAGUGGCCUUGGUUUUUGAUAUUGGUAGGAAUGGCCAACCUAUUGACCGUCCUGGUAAGAUUCUAUUUGUAAUAUAAAAAAACCUUUUCCAAUGUUUCAUUAUGAGCUUGUAGUUGUUUGAGUGCAGCUUGAGAUGUUUGGGAUCUUUGAAUUUUCUUGUGACUCAUCCUUGAAGUAGGGGGAUUAUCUUGAUUCAAAGGAAUGAUAUUUUGAUUUGUCCAUUGAUUACCCUAACUUCUUUAAUUGUUUCCUUAAACAAAUUUAGUUAUUUAAAAUAUUUAAAAGUUAUUCAAGUAGAGUUAAAGUCAACAUCCAAUCAUUUUUGAAAUGAAGUGUCAUCAAAAGAAGUCUAUGUUAGAACAUAUGUGAUUCACUUGUUAGGAACAUAUGUCACUAUUUUAUGUAAUUAGUUAAUCCUUUGACAAAACGCACUUUACUUGUAAUUGGGUAGAUCUAGGUGUUUUUAAUACUUCAAGAAACAAGGUUUCAAGAUCAAGUGUUGAAGUCAUCAAGUCUGUCCAAGAAACAAGCUGAGAAGUGCGAAUUCAUUAAAGCUCGACAGCUGCAUCUAUCGAGCUUAAGAAAGCUAUUUCAGCCCGUGUGCUCGACACUUGCUCGACAGCUACUCGACACCUCCUAUCUGUCGAGGUUUAAGAAAGAAACAGAAAUUCUGAUAUGUUUUCUUGGAAUCUGUGAAUGUGUCUUUGGGCUUUCUUUUCUCCUAACCCUAAACAUAUAAAAAGAUUAUUUUAAAGGCCAUCAAAGUAUUCACAAGUUGCACAAGUGUUGAGCAAAGUUUGUUCAAGCAAAUUGUGACCGAAGACAGAAUUUGCCUUAGUUCAUCAUUCUUGAAGAAGUUGCUGUGUAUGUGCACUGUAGGGUUUUGUGACCAAGAAUCUUCUUGAUCUUCAUUGUUGGGAUGAACUGAAGAACUUUGCAGCCAACAACCUUCUCUAGUUGGUGAUUGAAGUCGUGUACUGGGAUCCACGCAAUUGGUUAGUCACGUAUUUGGGAGAAGUGCAUUGAAAGAAGAAACUGUCACUACAGAAUAAGUCCAAUUGGGUAUUGGGGUAAGGGUUCAACUGUAGGUUGGUAUAAAGUACUGGGAUUCCUUUACUUGUAACCGCUUGUUGUGAUAAUAGUUGAAUUUCGGGAGUGGUGACCUGAAAAUCACCCGGUGGGGUUUUUGCCGUUAGAUUUUCCCCAUUCGUAAACAAAUCACCGUGUUAUUUAUUUUCCGCUGCAUACUUAGUUUAUUGGUGAUUUGUUUGUGCUAUCACGCGUUUGCAUGUUAAUUAACUUAAUUAAUUCACUUGGCUAAAUUAAUUGGUUAAUUUAUCACAAGGGGUCAAUUCGUUUUUUGGCCUAUCAGUCUACAUUUGGGCAGCGAAGUGGAGAGGAAGAUGCCUUGGGGAUACUUAACUUGAUUUUAUGGAAGGCAUCUUCAAUGAGUAUUUAAUUACUAUUUCUAGAAUACCUAUUGGGAGUUUGUUGGUGUAUCUAAUGCUUUAUCUGUUAUUUCUAGCUUCUAUAAGGUCUUUCUUGAAAUCA